CCGGAGCUUCCCGGUGCCUGGACGGGCCGAAGUGAAGGUGGGAGUCGGGGAGAGUCGUGACGUGAUUCCGCCUCCGCUUUGUCUCCAGAGUGAUUCAAAACUUCAGUAGAAUCUUCCUCACGGAAUACAAGGAAGAAAUCAGACAAGAUCUGUGUUGGGCUCGUCCUUUGGAGUGAGGUUGCAGUACAUAGGUGUGAAGGUGGUCAAGCGGGGACUGAAGAAGUGCUGAUUCCAAGACACCCUUCCCGAAAAGCCAGAAUAUGGGUAUACCUUCGAGAGGACUCCACACAGGUGUUACCAAAAAGUAAACCUUUAGAAAGCCUCCGAAAAGAAAGAGAAGACUAAUGAAGUCCUGGUAUGCUCCGUGCAGGAGAAAAUGAGGAAGAAAACACGAAACUUCAAACAAAAGACAGUUAGAGACAAUAAAACAUUCUCAGCGGUGAAUGACCAGAAAUCAGAAAAAGAUGGUAGUCAGUGCUCUGACCCUGCAACAAACGAGGCAAUUCAGACCGAAAAGAAGCAGUAUGUAUGUGGUGAGUGUGGGAAAGCCUUUAGUCAGAGCGCAAACCUCACAGUACAUGAGAGAAUCCACACAGGAGAGAAGCCCUAUAAGUGUAAGCAGUGUGGGAAAGCCUUCAGUCACAGCUCCAAUCUUGUAGUGCACCAGAGAAUCCAUACAGGAUUGAAGCCUUACCCAUGCAGCAUAUGUGGGAAAUCUUUCAGUGGUAAGUCACACCUCAUCCGGCACCAGGGAAUCCACAGUGGGGAGAAAACUUAUGAAUGCAAGGAGUGUGGGAAAGCCUUUAGUCGGAGUUCAGGUCUUAUUUCACAUCAUAGAGUUCACACUGGGGAGAAACCGUACACAUGUAUCGAGUGUGGAAAAGCAUUUAGCCGAAGUUCAAACCUCACUCAGCACCAGAGAAUGCACAAAGGGAAAAAGGUUUACAAAUGCAAGGAGUGUGGGAAAACCUGUGGCUCUAAUAUGAAGAUCAUGGACCACCAGAGAAUUCACACUGGGGAAAAGCCUUACGAAUGUGAUGCAUGUGGAAAGGCUUUUAUCUUGAGGAAGACCCUAAAAGAACAUCAGAGACUUCAUCGUAGAGAGAAACCCUACAAAUGUAACGAAUGUGGGAAAGCUUUCACGUCUAAUCGAAACCUUAUCGACCACCAGAGAGUUCACACUGGAGAGAAACCCUAUAAAUGUAAUGAAUGUGGGAAAACCUUCAGGCAGACUUCUCAAGUUAUUCUACAUUUGAGAACCCACACCAAGGAAAAACCCUAUAAAUGUAGUGACUGUGGGAAAGCCUAUCGUUAUAGCUCACAACUUAUUCAACACCAGAGAAAACAUAAUGAGGAGAAGGAAGCCUCAUGAAAAACACAAAUUGUUGGGCAUAGGGUUAAUUGCUACCGGUACUUUUCUGGAAAGCAGUUUGUCGGAAUCAUCCACCUUUGCUCUACUUCUAAGAAUCCAGACAGAGAACGUAAUCGGAAGUGGACAAAGAUCAACAAAAGGGAUAUUCAUGCCAAGCUAGUCCACAGCCUCUGAGUCCAUUCUGACUCACCAUGCUCCUGUAGGACAGAGUAGAACUGCCCUCUAGUGUUUCCAAGGGUGGAAAUAUUUACAGAAGCAGGCUGCUGCAUCUUGCUCUCAUGAAGUUGCCGGUGGGUUGGAGCCACUGAUGUUUCAGUUAGCAACUGAGUGCAUCCCUACUGUACCACCAGGGUCCCAGUGGGAAAAUAUCAUUAUCCUAAC